CAAACACUUCCCCGUUAAACUCCCGCUGAUUUGAUAUUCUUCAGGAUUCAUCCACAGUCCACAAAGUUUGAAUCAGUUUCUUAAGUACACGUUUCAGCUUUAUUUCCGAGAUGGUCUCAGUUCUGCAGGUGGUAGAUUUGGAGAUCUUGGUUCGCUUCUGGACUCCUGAAUAACGUGUGAUCCUGAAAUUGCUGAGUACUGGACCUGUGGGAAUUGUGCGCGGGUUCGUUAUCUGUGAGAAAAUGGAUUCUUGCUUCAUAUUUCGAGCGACACUUUUCGGAAUGAUGUUGCUGGGACUUCUUACACCGGCACAAACUAAAGGGGGGUGUGUUUGCAUUGGGAAAUCGGGAUGUGACUGUCAAGGAAUUAAAGGACAAAAGGGUGAAAGCGGGUCACGUGGUAUGGAUGGUGUGACUGGAAAUCAGGGGCAUCAAGGAAAGGAAGGCCCUCCUGGAUUUCCUGGUCCAUAUGGAAAUAUGGGAAGGAAAGGCAUCAAUGGACCAAAAGGUUCUAGGGGAAGUUCGGGGAGCCCCGGAUUCUUUGGCUCACCGGGACUACCGGGGAUCCCUGGGAAAGAGGGGCCGAGGGGGCUUCCUGGUCUCCCAGGAUGCAAUGGAACAAAGGGGGAGCCUGGUCCCCCAGGCUUUAUAGGGAAGAUGGGACUUCCUGGAUUUCAGGGGACACCAGGAAUCCAAGGACCUAAGGGAGAUAGCUAUGUCUUCCUGCCCUCUGGACAAGUGAAAGGACUUUGUGGUUUUCCAGGCAGAGCUGGAGAUAAAGGUCAACCAGGGAUGCCAGGGUUCCCAGGACCAGAUGGACCAGAAGGUCCUAGAGGUGCACCAGGAAUAAAUGGCAUUCCUGGAUUACAAGGAGAGAAGGGUCUCGAGGGUCGAAGCGUGGGAAGACGUGGACCCACAGGUCAAAAGGGGGAGAGGGGACCACCUGGUAUACCAGGACAGAAAGGUGUAAAGUUAUUUGUAUCAGGACCAAAGGAGCCCAAGGGUGACACUGGGGAUCGUGGAGACCCUGGAUUCCCUGGACAGACUGGUCUUUGUGGUCCUCCUGGUCCUAAGGGGAUGAAAGGGGAAAGAGGAGAGCCUGGGGCUCCGGGGAAACCUGGAAAGGAUGGGCUGCAAGGAGAGUUAGGCCCUAAGGGAGAGCCUGGAGAUGUUGGAUAUCCAGGAGCUAUUGGGAUAGCAGGGGAAAUGGGACUGAAGGGUGACCCCGGUGCCCCUGGUGUUCCUGGAGAGUUCAUUUUAAUAAAUGAGAUGAUCAAAGGUCAAAAAGGUAAUCCCGGGCCACCAGGACCUCCUGGUCUACAAGGUAGUGAAGGUUUCAGUGGUUUUCCUGGAUCUCCAGGUCCUCCAGGGAUCGCCAUCCCAGGACCCAAAGGAAUACAAGGUUUCCCAGGAUUUAGAGGUGUGAAAGGGGAAAAAGGUGAAUCUGCACCUGUCAUCACAGGACCCCCAGGACGUGAUGGCCCACCAGGGGAACGAGGACCCCCUGGUGACCCUGGACCUCCAGGAACUCCACGUAACUGUUUUUUGUCAAAGACUGGACUAAAAGGGCUCAAGGGUGACAAAGGCAUAACAGGCCCUGAGGGUCUGCGUGGAGAUCCUGGAACACAAGGAGACCAAGGAGACCUUUGCAGACUGUGUGCUGCUUCUGCUGCUGACCCUGGACCUCCAGGACCACCUGGAGCUCCAGGCGAACCCGGAGAGCCAGGUCUUGGAGGACUUCAAGGCAAUAAAGGAUCCCGAGGCUACAAAGGUCCAGAGGGUCCACCAGGUCCUCCGGGUUCCUUAGGUCUUCCUGGAUUUCCAGGGCCUCCAGGGCCCAAAGGAGAUGUAGGGAUGAUAUCUGAGAUUGGGGAGAAAGGAGAUAAAGGAAACACAGGUGCAGUAGGACCAUUGGGGAUAAAUGGGCAAGAUGGUAUGCCGGGCACCCCUGGCUUCAAAGGACCAUCAGGAGCAAAAGGAAACCCAAGUCCUCUAGGGCCUAAGGGCAAUCAAGGAAAUCCAGGGAUUUGUGGGGAACCUGGCUGCCCAGGUCCAAUGGGCAGCCAAGGGUCAAUGGGUGUUGGACAAGUAGGGGCACCUGGAGAGAAAGGAAGUUUGGGAGUUGUGGGCCGGCAAGGAAAUCCUGGAGAACCAGGUGAGAAAGGAUCCCCAGGACCAGUACAAAUGACACCUGGAAACCCGGGUGAGCCUGGAUUGCCUGGUCCUUCUGGUCUACCAGGACCUCCAGGUAAUGAAGGUUGUGCUGGGGUUCAAGGAUUCCCGGGAUUGUGUGGGUUAAAAGGAGAGAAAGGACUGUCAAUGCCAGGAGUUCCUGGACUUACUGGUCCCAAAGGUGAUAAGGGUGUGAAAGGAAAGCCAGGUCCACCUGGUUAUGGAAGGGUAGGCACCCCUGGCCCUCCAGGACCACCGGGAAUGCCAGGCCUAAAGGGUGAAAUAGCAUUUGGCUCCCCAGGGCCCAAGGGUCGGCAAGGCCUGCCAGGAGAUGAAGGGGGCCUUGGGCUACCAGGAAUCUCUGGCCCCCCUGGAUCAUCAGGAUGUCCAGGUCAAAGGGGAAGGGAUGGACCACCAGGAGACUGUGGUGUACGGGGUCUUGAUGGUUUGAAAGGAGAGGCCGGUGUUCCAGGAUGCUGUUCGCCAGGAGCUAAAGGUGACGAAGGACCCUCAGGGAUCAGAGGACUAGAUGGACCCACUGGGCUGCAAGGGCUGAAGGGGCCACAGGGUGAAAUUGGACCAUGUGGACAGGGUUUACCUGGUUUAGCAGGUGUGCCUGGGAUGCCUGGGAAAAUUGGACAGACUGGUUUGGUUGGUAUCCGGGGACCAAAAGGUUUCCAAGGUCGGGAUGGUCCUCCAGGCUUUCCAGGUACACGGGGCGAUCAGGGGAGUCCUGGAAUGUUUGGUCCACCUGGAGUAGAUGGAAAUCCUGGACCACCAGGGCUCCAGGGACCAAAAGGUUUAAUGGGUAGGAAUGGAGUGCCUGGUGACACAGGAAAACCCGGGGAACCAGGAGAUCCUGGGACCUGUGGUCCAAAGGGACUGCCAUCAAAUGUUAUGUGUCCAGGGGAUCCCGGUGACCCUGGCCUACCAGGUCUUCUUGGUUUCCCUGGCUCUAAAGGGGAAUUAGGAUUCCCAGGCAAUUAUGGAGAAUGUGGGAAGAAUGGAGUUCCAGGAGGUCCUGGUCCACCAGGCCCUUCUGGUGACCCUGGCCAGAAUGGUUUUCCAGGAAAUCGGGGUCUUAAUGGAAACUUUGGGGAUCCAGGAGUUAUGGGGUUUCCAGGAGUGAAAGGCCUCAAAGGUUUACCUGGUCUUCGUGGGUUGACUGGGCCUCCUGGUGACCCAGGGCCAAAUGGACCAAAAGGGAUCAGAGGUGAACCCAGCCCUCCUGGGCCAGGACUUCCAGGACUACCUGGUGAGAAGGGUGAGCCAGGCUGUCCAGGGGUUAGAGGGGAAAAAGGUGACAAGGGUAUAUGUGGGACAAAUGGGCUCCCAGGUUUUCCAGGGCUUCCUGGGGAAAUUGGCGAAACUGGAGUUCCAGGAGGUCCAGGACCUCCAGGAGCUCCUGGUGAUGAGGGUUUAGAUGGGUUUCCAGGUCCACCUGGAUGUGAAGGGCCCUGUGGUCCACCAGGUGUUCCUGGUUCUGCUGGAGCUCCCGGUCCACAAGGACAUCGGGGAGAAAUAGGCAGAGAUGGCAUUCCAGGAUCAGCUGGAGAUAAAGGAGAUAGAGGGUACACUACAAAUGGGGAUCCUGGCCCACCUGGUGUCAACGGAGAGAAAGGUACUAAAGGCUGUCCUGGACCCCCAGGGCCAUGCGGGACACCAGGUCCCUACGGUCCAGCUGGAGAUAUUGGUCCCCCCGGAAAACCCGGAGAAAUCGGGCCACUUGGGUACCAAGGUCCUCCUGGUAUCUGUAUCAAUGGCCCAAAAGGGGAGCAAGGACCUAAUGGACUGCCUGGCCCAACAGGUCUCAGAGGACCACGUGGGCCUCCUGGCGACCCAGGUCCAGGCCUGAAGGGAGAUAAAGGCUGCAUCGGGCCCCAGGGGCCUGCGGGGCCACCUGGUUGUACUGGUGAUCGGGGUUUUUCUGGUGAACCAGGGAGAGAUGGAAAUCCUGGAUUCAAGGGUCUGAAAGGAAAUAUGGGGCCAGACGGUUUUGUUGGACCAGCUGGCCAAAAAGGACAUUGUGGUCCAAAUGGGCUUCCUGGAUUAAAAGGUUAUAAAGGAUUUCCCGGAUGUAAAGGGCCAAAAGGUGAUGAUGUUGUCGGUGAGGUCAUCUAUAUCCCCGGUGAACCUGGUUUGCCUGGAAGAGUUGGAGAGAAAGGAGAACCAGGAGAACGUGGACCUAAAGGAUUACGAGGUCCAAAAGGAGCACAAGGUCAGAGGGGAGGUAUAGGUGCAGAUGGAGGUGUUGGACCAAAUGGGGGCCCUGGACCGAGAGGUAACACUGGCCCACAAGGACAACAAGGUCCUCGUGGUUUGUCAGGCGAAGUGGGUCCCAAGGGCUCACGGGGCCCAUCUGGGGGACCGAAAAAUGAUGGAUUCUUUUUUACCAAGCAUAGCCAGACAGUAGAUCUACCAGUCUGUCCUAGUGGGUCAACACAUCUGUACUUUGGAUAUUCACUUCUCUUCAUCAACGGCAAUAACCGCGGGCAUGGACAAGACCUAGGAACUCUGGGAAGCUGUUUGCAUAGGUUCUCCACCAUGCCUUUCCUGGUCUGUAAUCAUAACGACACUUGUCGCUACGCCUCUCGAAAUGAUUACUCCUAUUGGCUGUCUACUGACACGCCGAUGCCCGCCGACGAGACAUUAAUUUCUGGUGAUUCACUGGCACAGUAUAUCAGCAGGUGUGCUGUGUGUGAGGCACCAGCUAAUGUAAUAGCAAUUCACAGCCAGACCAGUAAUAUCCCAAAAUGUCCUACAGGAUGGCUUCCACUAUGGCAAGGUUACUCCUUUGUAAUGCAAACGGGAGCAGGUGCAGAAGGUUCCGGACAGCCGCUGGUCUCACCUGGAUCCUGUCUGGAAGAAUUCCGGAAGAUUCCAUUCAUAGAGUGUCAUGGUCGCGGCACCUGUAACUUCUAUCCCGAUUCCUUCAGCUACUGGCUUGCAUCACUUGACCCUAGCAGAAUGUUCAGUGUGCCAGAGCCCAAGACAGCAAGACACAAAGAGAUUAUCAGCCGCUGUCAGGUCUGUAUGAAGCUGUCUUAAGGUCAGAGCUGACCUUGGUAUGAGACUUGAACUAUAAACUUUCACUUGUCAGUUUUCCGUGACUUGUGUAAUGUAGGUAGGAUCCGUGAAGUCAGCCUUCAAGUGUUUCACCUGGAAACAACUGGAUAUGAGUUGUCAUUAUGUGAUUCAGUUAAUGAGUGGAAUGAUACAGUUAUGGGUAGACCAACUGUUCAUUUUUUAAAUGCUUUUCAGUCAAUCAGAACCUUUGGACAAGUUAAGGCUGGAAUACAUUACACAACUUUUAUUUUAGAUGAGCAACAAUAGUUGCCAAAAAAUCUCCAGUCUGCAGAUUAUGGCAGUCGGAGUUGACCGAAAUUUCACAGAACAUUUCAUACUGUAUGAUGGGCACAGACUCUGAUUUUUCAGCUUCAGACUAUGAUUCCAUCCAGUUGGAGGAAUCGUAUUUUGAGCCGAUUUUAGAACACAUAUCGUAGUGUAUGACACGUAGCUACUGAAACCGAAGCUAUGCUCUAUCUACCAGUGUUGCGAUAAAAUACAAUAAAAAUACAGUAACAGAACAUGCGUAACAAAUUAGCCUCAAUAUUUCACUUAUCACCACCGAUAAAAAACUGACUGCAGGGCUCUCCUCUAACUCCUAUUGUAAUCUGUAGAAUCCAUCAUACUGGCCACGUCUACCCACCCAAGACCACUUCCAAAUGCGCUAGUUUCAUUUUUUCUUGCUACAACUGCUGUGGUCAACUCCUGCAUGUCAAUGUUUGUUUUAACUAUCAUACAUCUUCUAGCAACAAGACACAUGUUUCUGUGUGAGUUUGUUGUUCAGAUGACUUGAAAGUCUGGUAGUGAAUGAUCCUCAGCUACUUAGUGUAUCACAUCCAGGUUUGCUCAAAAGUUGUGUAGUGAAUUCAAGCCUUUAGUUUAUUCAGAGUUUUUUAGGAACAAAAGCCAAACAAAACAAUGGAUUCCCUUUUAAUGGAUGUUCUUUGUUUUAGAUUUGAUUUAUCCUAAAUCCAAGGUACAGUACAAGCCCAGUGUUUGUCAUUGUUUUCAGAAUUCUCUGUGUCCUGGCCAGCACUUAUCAAUGUGUUUUUCUCUCAAAUUUACUCUAACUUAUAAUUGCGAAGUCCAAUUUAGGAUUUGGGGGACUUCAGUUCAGCUGCUUCUCAUUAAUAAACAGCUUUCAUGCUCUAAAGUAUAACUAUUUUUAAUUAGUAGUUAAGUAUGAAUGACUUUUGUGUGUAGGAAUAGCAGUUGUGAGCCAUUAGAAAAUCCUAAGAAAAUGGGAACCCUAAAAUAAUGAGAAUGAGCAUUGUGGACGCUUAUGGGGAAAACUCCUGUUUCUCUGAAUCCUGAAACCUGUUCGGUUCAAGUCUGGUGUUUCAGCCUGCCACAAAAGGCAGGGUUGACUGCCUAUACAGUUGGUAGUCAGCCAGAAUAAAGGCAGUAGACCUACUCAGUGUUUCCGCACAGAGGAGAGAAGCGCUCUUCCUUCGUCUCAUUCCGCAAUAGUAAAAAUAAUCGACGUGUUCCUCCUGAUAAUGGCUGCAUGCAACUGCUCCAAUGUGCAAGACUUGUUACACAUCUGUUUCUUCAUUAUACAUUUUGAUUUGUUUUAUUUCGUAUCAUUCAAAUUUCAAAUCAUAUCAUAAAAUUAAUUAAUUUUGUUAUUUUUUAUGCAAUUCUAUAUUCGCAGUCUAUAACUUUUUUUUUUAUUAAUAUUUGAAUAAUAUUACUGUAUAUUCAGGAUAUUUUACUUAACCUGUGUUUGUAUCUUUGUAGCUUAAUUAUUUAAUGAAUAAACGAGUCAUUAAAACAAGUUUUUUAUUAGGACAGCUCCAUAUGUUUAAAUGAUGUUGAUCAACGAAUUGGAGCAGUGUUGGUUAGAUCAUUUUAAAACAUCAAAUAGCCAUCAAUUUAUAGAUUUUAAAAGGCAUCUGUCUCUGAUGUAGACUGGUGUAUAUUUAUUUACGGAUCCAACACUAUAAGAUUGGUGCAUAUUUAUUUUUUUAUUUUAUUUUAUUUAUUUUUUGUGGAGAGUGGAAAGUACUGCAUGAUAUGGAGACGCCGGCACCAUCACUUACAUUUUUUCCUGAUAACGAAAUUACUUAGAUUUACAAUAAUACAUUUUUGGUUAUAUAAUUAAGAAUAAUAGAUCAUUCGGAACUAUAAAUACUUUUUUCUUAUUUCUUAUUUAUUUAAACUCACAAUAACAACAAAAUGUUGUGCUUUUGUAAAAUAAAGAAUACAAGUAGAUGCACUUUCUUUCUCUGUGAACUGGAGCGCGUCCCAACUCAACUAUAGGCUAUAAACUAUAAACGUGCGAUUAGUCGACUAAUGGCUUAAAGGGGUCAUGACAUGUUUUUUUUUUUAUUAUGUUCCCUUAGGUGCAAUUAUAAUAUUACUAUAGUUUUUUGGACAAAAAAAAUUUAAAAAAUGUAGUGAUUGAUGACCUUUUUCCACCCUGUUUCUCUCCCUCUGACUCAAACAGUCAGUUUUAGGGGGUUUUCCCAUUUAAGAGUUCAGUGUAACCGCCCACUGGCUAAUGUCAGUGCCUAUGUAUUAAUUAUUAACGCCCCCUAGUCAGAAAUAGGAUCCACACAAGCUGUAUUUGGAGCUUGAUUAAAUAAAUGCUUUGUAAAUGCUUCAAUCUUUUUUAUGCUAAAAGAUCAAGGGAAAUUUGGUUUCUCAAGUCAUCACCCCUUUAAAUGAACAGGGGCAGCCAUAUUAAAUACCCACUAGAGGUCCACCCGCAGCGGGUAACUCUGCGGUAAUAGGCAUUCUGGUUGACUACCAUCUGUAUAAGUCAUACAGAAAUGGCGUCAGUCAUAAUCUUAUCUAAUCCAAUCUAAUCCAAAAGCCUUGCUACAAGCACUGAACAGAAGUCGCUCUGCAAGCAGACACCUUGAAAGUCCUUGAGGGCCCCUCAAUCAGCUGUAUAAAGAGAAGCUCAGACCACAGUCAGAGCCUGCUACAUAAUACAUAAGUAUUUCCGACUGACAAUACCCAUGCUUGAUAAGCAAGGAAGUACAGGUUGUAAAAUCUGAUGAAAGUGGACGGCGAGGACCAGCCGGCCGCCGCACAGAUAUCUGCGAUAGAGACUCUGCUGGACCAUGCCCAAGAGGAGGCCAUUCUUCUAGCGGAGUAGGCCCUCACUCCUAAGGGGCACAAGAAGUCCACAGACUUGUAAGCCAGCGCUAUCACAUCCACGAUCCACCUGGAAAGUCUUUGCUUCAAAGCCAGUAGCCCUUUAGUGCGGCCUCCAAAGCUGACAAACAGCUGCUCUGAUUGCCAAAACAGGCCAGAAUGCUUGGUAUACACUUUGAGGGUCCUUGUGGGACAGAGUGGAUGAAGUGCCUGUUCGUCUUCCGCGAGCAGAAGAGCUAGGAGCACUAUCACCUGCGUUCUUAACGAGGUAGAAAGCACUUUUAGCACGUAAACUUUCCUCAGCCUAAGGACCAAUUUACUGUCGUAAUGACCGAACUUAGGCAGGAGGGGUUCCACAGAUAGAUCUCCAACUCGCUUGACUGACACUAAAGCCAGCAGGAGGGCAGCCUUAAGCGAGAGGGACCGAAGGUCAGCUGUCUCAAGCAGCUCAAAAGGAGGGCCUCGAAGAGCCCUAAGUACUGUGGAGAGGUCCCAUGGUGGUACCGAGCAAGGGCGGGGAGGAUUAAAACUUCUAGACCCUCUGAGAAGCUUAACGACAUUAGAGCUGAGUUGAAGAACCAAGAACGAAAUUCAUUGGCUGGGGAGCAGCGAGCUCUUGCCAAAGUUGACUUCCCAGGUUCUCCAGAUGACUGAGGAGCAGGGAUCUGUGGCUGCAUAGCUCCUGCCUCGACUGGGCUAAAAGGAGACAAUUGUUGAGAUAUGCGGAUUCCAAUCUGCCUCAGAGGGGAAAGAGCCACGUCUAUGCACUUAGUAAAAGUACACAGAGCUAGAGAGAGUCCGAAUGGAAGGACUGUAUACUGGUAUGCCACCCUCCGAAUGCAAAUCUUAAGAACGGUCUGUGAUGGGGGCUAUCUGGAUUUGAAAGUAAGCAUCUUUCAGAUCGACUGAUAUAAACCGAUUCCCGGGGCAAAUCUGCGCAAGGAUUUGUUUCAUAGUUAACAUUCUGAAUGGCCGUCUCAUGAGGGUGUGAUUCAGAUGUCUCAGAUCGAGAAUGGGCCUGAGGCCGCCAUCUUUCUUGGGGAUGAGGAAGUAGUGGUUGUAAAAGCAUGACUUGCUGCGUUCCGUGGGAACUCUCUCCACAGCACCUUUUUUCUAGCAAAGAGUCAACUUUGGCUUGGAGGACAUGAGAACUGUCUUCUGAGACCGAAGAGUGCAUCAUGCUCAUGGGUGGGCAGAGAUGCGCCAGAGACAGCAGUUGGGGGAGCUUCACAUAGCCUUUUUUUGUGGCACCGUCUACCGUGGACAGAGCAGACAAAGCGUGGACACGCCGAGUAUUGGGCGCGCCACAUCUUAGUGUGCUCUUGGUGUACUUCCAGGAAGAACGAGGCUGGACACUGACGGGGCACCACUGUUGGCUUCCCGCUGCAGGAACCACUUGUCGAGUCGGCUGUGAGCGGGCUCUUCUGGGGCCAACCACUCCAAGCCGAGCACUUGAACAGCUUUAGUGAGGACUCGCAUGAGCUUUGAGUCCACGCAGGGCCGCACGUCAUCUGUUGCUUUAAGCGGCGGAGAGGCAGAGUCAUCACCUGAGUUCACCCACUCACCAGACUCAGAAGCGGCCAGAGACAUCGAAUCUAAUUCGUCGUUAGAGCCGCCAAAUGUGAUCAUGCCACUCGCAGUAGAUGAGGGGUGCUGAUCUUUGCAGGUGAAGAGCACAGGAGAUUCGGCGUGCUGAGGGGAGAGUGAGGCACUGCUCAGGCUGAUGGCUGAGCUUCUUCUUUUGCUGAAGUAACAUUGUUCUGCUGAAGGAGAAAGAUUCUGACUGACAGUGUUUCUGUAUGACUUAUAUAGGCAGUCAACCCUGCCCUUUUUGGCCUGAAAUACCAUUUGUCUGCGCAGCGGCACAGAUGUGAACCAAUCAGGCUUCAGGAUUCAGAGAAAACAGGAGUUUUCCCCAUAAGUGUCAAAACUAAUGCAAUGCGAGUGAACCGUAUCGAAAGGGAACCCUUUUUUUUUCUAGCAAGAUUCAAGCAUGAAUUGAAAAACAUGCACUCAGUGAAUAAUAGUUUGAGCUCAGGUUGCUCAUAUUGAGCAAAAACUGUAUAUUUAAUUCAGUAUUUAAAAUGAAUAGAAAUAGAAAAGUUAAUCUACACUUCAGCAGUGCUACUGAGAAAUAGUUUAGUAAUUAAAGUUUAAAUACUUUAAUUUUAAAUGUUAACUAAUACACAUUAAUCUCUUCCUGACUAACACUCUAUAUUAAAUAUGAACAAAUACUAAAAAAUAUUGUCUUAAUGUGUUACUAAUUUAGUAAACAAAUAGUAAUACAGCAAAUAAUUGUCAGUCUUCCAAGUUCCAAAUUUGUUUUAUAAUAUACAUCCUUUAAGGAAUUGCCUAAAUAUCUUGAAUUAAAAUUCAGUAGAUCUCGGCUUAAGUAUUUUGGAUAUGUCUGAAACAUUGUGUGCAAUAGUCAGUGUAUGCAAGCCAUGCUUAUAAUUUGACUAUGAUUUUCUGUCUGCUUUAUUAUACAAAUAUAUUGCUAUACAUCUGCUUUGCUUUUGGAACUUUAUAUUCAAGAAAGAAUCAAAGUCUGUUUCUUAGUGUACAAAAUUGUUGAAUUCACAUUAGUUUGUGCAAAGCUUAUUUGAAAUAUGCUUUUGGUGCUGAGGUUUUGCAAAGCAUAUUUAUGCUUGUUCAUAUUUAACUCUGAGUUACUCAGAGUUAAUGGUGCUAUUAGUUAGAUGAAUGAAAUGUUCAUUUAUUAUAUAUUAUGUGUAGCCAUUAUGUGAAUUCACAAGACGCUCAUCAUAGCAUUGCAUUAAGGAGAUUUCCUGAUGACUCAUAUUCAAUUUAAACAGGAAUUGCAAUUAAUUAUGACAUGUAAAAGCUUAUCAAUGAGUGUAGUCUUAAAAACACUUAUAAAGAAAAUAUGAAACUUGCCUUCAUUGUAUAAUCUGCUUUGUUGCAGGUCUGUUCCACACAGUCAUGUAUUACUUGUUUUUUUCCCUGUACAGAGAAAUAGAAAUCAGAAUUGGCUGAAAGUGUGAUUUGUGUGUCUAUAUGAAUCACAAAUACUGUGUUUUGCGGUUUCAUAAUUGCAACUAAAAACAUGAUUGCACACAUUUAGUUUUGAAGUUAUUGGUCUUUUUUUUUGGACUGCAGUGUUUAAUAGCUCGAGAACUGUAUAAUUGAAAAUGCUAUAAUGUUUUUUGGUCCAAAACAAUGUGUAUAUAUUGAAUAUUUCUGUAGAAAAUGUAUGUGUAAUUGGCCUAAUGAUACUUUUUUGUCCCCUUAAUUCAAAAUAAUGAUUGUGUUUGGACAUGUGGUAACAUUGCACUAAUUGAAUAAAUCAUCUUUUGGAUGAA